CUAUUUAUUCACCUCAAGAGAAAAUGUCGCGUUGGGCUUGGUUCCUACAUCAGUAACGGGCUUCACCUCUUCCACGCCCAGUUCGCCCUCCGAAACAGAUUUCAUUACGCUUACACCGGCCACGACGUGCACUAGGUUAUCGUUUAUCACGGUAUUGUCGAUAAGCGUUGUUGGGUUCAUCGCAACGGCCGCAGCCGCAACGAAGCUGUGCUGACGCAUGCAUCGACAUAUGAGGAUGCCGACAGCAUCUUCCUCUUCAUUGGGAUUAAUCCGCCGUCCUUACCACUCUCUAUACACGCAUCAUUGGUUUACUUUACGUUUCUCAUCGGCAAGCGCAGUCCGGCGACAAAAUGCAACUGAUGCUUUGGAAUGCUGAAUAAGCGUGGACCGUGUGAUAAAACUAUAGAAGCAGAUGCAAAGGCAAAGAAAUACAUACUUACUCAAGGCGAAUGCAUGCAUGCGUUAUACUUGCAAGAAAUUACCCAUGGACGUAAAUAGGUAUGCUCAGAGCAAAUCACAUACGUUUUGUGAUUUUCCUCGUAUUUUUUUAUUAGUUAAACAUGCACUCUUAUUGUUUGUUUUGACUUACAUACGCAUGCAUACAUAAGCAUGGAUACACAAAGAUGAAUUUCACCACAGAAAUGAAAAAUAAAUAAUUCGUUCCUUACGUUCUCUCCUCUUACAUUGGCUGCCAUUCCGUGUAUGGAUGAAUAUCAUAUAUAGCGAUAUACCGUAGAAUUACGGUGGGGCGGCUCUCGUUCCCAUACUGCUGCUUCAUUUGGCGGCCAUUUGUUUUCCCUUGGUUUUUUUAUUUUUGCGUGACCCGCUGAUGAGCCAUGACUCCUUUAUGAUAGACCGAGAACAACGAGAUUCUAAAGAAGUUACGAGUCUUCGAUGGAGUACUAAACAGUGUGCAGUCACGACAAUUAAGAGCAACAUCAAGGGUUACUAACCGAGAAACACGCUAUGAGAGCAAUUUUGAUGAUUAUCCUGGGAGUCAGUCUUGGCAGCACGCGUGAAAUUGAGUUCAACCCUCUCAGUCAGUAUUCCAUCGAGCAGCAGCAGCAACAACAGCAACAAGAGCAGCAGCAGGAACAGAAUCAGCAAGAUCGACGAAAACAGGAGUUGCUUAGCGAGGACAAUCUAUUAAAAGGAAUAGCAACAAAGAGCGUACAGGAUGAAGAGGUUAUACAAGCGGCAGAAGGCUAUGAAUUUAUACAGCUACCUGAAACUUCACCAGAUUAUAGUUCAUCCCAAGUUGUAGAGAUGGAACCAAUAUCAUCUGCUAGUUAUGGUGAUCGCGAUCAUCAUCCAAAAAUCGGCUACAGUGUAGGUGGACCUUUGGUUAAUAUCGCCCAGGGAGCAGCAGCACAGGCGCACACCUUCGAGAAGAGUCAGCCAGCAGCCGCAGCUCAGGCAGCCUACGUCGCAAAAAAUCGUCUAGGUCAGUCAGCAGGCCUUAGUGCUGCAACUGCAGCCGCCGCCUUUGCCGGUAAGCAAAUCAUUCUCCGAGGCCUUGAGCAGCAGGCCUACAGCGCGCACCGCUCCCUCGAAAGCGAGAAACUGCAGCUGCAACAAGCACAGAGGGCUGCCACCGCAGCUGCCCAGUCUGCCCAGCAAGCCAUGCACCAGGUCCAAGUGAUUACGACGGCUUUGAAUGCAGCACAAACGACAUCAGAACACGCAUCGGCAGCCGCAGCAGCCUCCGCUUCGGAACUUGCAGCCCAAACAGCGAUGGUCGGUGCGGCUAAGGCUCGUCUCCAAACGAUCGAGGACCAACUGUAUCACGCACACAUUGAUUUCGAGGCAACACAACAUGCAAAUUUGAAGGCCGCUCAUGCUGCUAAGGUCGCUCAAAAUAAUGCAGCUGCAGCGGCAGCUCACGCGGCGAAAAUCGCUAAUAACUACCAACGUCACUACCAUUACAAGCACGACCAUAGCGACUAUCAUCAUGGUCAAAAUGACCAUAAACAAAAUAAAAACAACAUAAACAACCAUAAACAUCAUCAUCUCAAGUAUCACCACCAUGAUAAUCAUGAACACCAUAACAACCUUAAGCAUGGACAUAACGCUCAGGAUCAUAAGGAUAAACACGAGCAUGAGCAUGAGCACGAGCACGACCACGAACAUGAACACGAGCACGACCACGAACAUGAACACGAGCACGAUCAGGAACAUAAGCAGGAGCAUAAUCAUGAUCGUCAGGAGUCCAUUGUUGUCCCCUUAUCCUCUUCGGUUAACAUGACUUUAUCAUCGACUUCCUUACCGUUUUCUGUUUCCUCGACUCUCAAGGACGGACAGACCAGAGAGAGAAGCGGACGAGUGUUGCACUCUACCUCAGAGAAUUUUCCUAGUGUAAUGACCACUGCAUCUUCUAUUGGCAAAGAUGAGAUUUACGACGCUUAUGAUAGUUUCCCUUACUGA